GAAAACGGCCUGUCCGCCACCUCUCCGCCCCUUUGCCCUUUCCACCAUGGAGUUGACUUCAGUGGCCGAUCCCGUGGCUGCCAAGAGUGAGAUCAAUAUCAUCAAUUGCGACGAUGCCAAGAAGGAGGAGAAAGAUGCAGCCCCACAAGAGGAGAAGGAGCCUGGAACCAUCAUCCUCUUCUGGCUGUGCUGUGUGAGUGCUUUGGAGGGGAUGGAUACCCAGUUGGUUCCUGCUUGCCAAUUUGCCUUGCAACGGGACUUGGGGUUGCAAUUGGGUCACUUCGCUGUGCUCACUACUGUGCAGAUGGUUCUGACGAACUUGGCUGCUCCCUUCUGGGGUAUCCUUGCCGAUCGUGGUACUUUGAGGAAGAAGACCAUCCUGAUGCUUGGAGCCAUUGGGGAAGGAGUUGCCAUUACCAUCUUCGCUUUCGUGCCGAAUUUCUGGGUGAUGAUGUUGUUGCGAGGCAUGAGUGGCUUUUUCUUGGCCUCCCUUCGCCCCGUUUGCAAUGGCUUGAUUGCAGACCUUACCAGUGACAACAAACGUGGCAAAAUCUUUGGGCGAGUGCAGAGCGCCCUGCUGGUUGGCAUGUUCUGCUCUUUGCUCAUUGCCGGAAACGUGGCAAACACCUACGCGGGAGACAUCCCCGGAUGGCGCUUUCUGUUUGCCGGAGGGGGUGCAGUCGCCUUCAUUGUGGCUCUUGGCUUGGGAGGGUUCUUGGCAGAGCCUCAUCAUCAGUUGGAUGAGUCUGCCAAAGUGAAGGGUUGUGCCGCAGUGCGCACAGAACUGUGCACUGUGCUCAGUUUCUUGCGUAUUCCAACCUUCUGUGUGAUGAUCAUGCAGGGUGUCUUUGGCACGAUUCCAUGGAGUGUCAUGGGCAACAAUCUCCUCUUCUUCAAGUUUUGUGGCCUGGCAGAUUGGCAAGCCAGCAUUCUGGCUGCUGAGGGAACAGUAGCAGGAGUCUUUGGGAACAGCAUUGGAGGCAUGAUUGCGGAUGCUUUGGCCAGACGCUUUGGAUACCAUGGAAGGCCCCUGAGUGCACAAAUCACUGUCGCAAUUGGAAUUCCAAUGGUCUUCCUGCAGUUCUAUGGCAUCCCACCCGGAGAGGGCACUUUUGGCGUUUACUUUGCGCUGAUUGCGGCCUUUGGCCUCUUGGGUUCUUGGGCCCAGUCUGGCACCAAUUUCCCCAUCCUCUCUGACAUCGUGCCGGCCAGCGACCGUAGCAAGGUCAUGGCAUGGGAGUGUGCCAUGGAGAAUUCCUUGGCCAAUGCCAUUGGCCCCUCCAUGGUUUCCACUUUGGCCUUUGCGUUCGGCUACAAGUUCGGCGCCGAGGAGAUGUCGGGACAGUCUCUGUCUUCAGCCAGAGCCCUGGGCCAGGCCAUGGCCGCCACAAUCUGCAUUCCCUGGGUCAUUACCUUGGCAGCCUACACCCUUCUUCACUGGAGCUAUCCUCGUGAUAUGCGACGGCUGCGUGCUAAGCAGGCAGCCGCGGAGGCAGCGAAGGAGGAGCAGGCUGUCUAA